AUGGACGUGACGAUGGAGGACCAUGGAAGCGCAUCACACGAAGAGAAAUUUCGCACAUACAAUGAAGCAUUAGUGCACGCAGCCACAUGUUCAGCGACAAAAUGCGAUGCGCUUGAUGGACGUUGCCACAAGGUUAAAGCUAGUAUCGAUCACUUUGUGCGCUGUUAUGGCCCACGCCGCAAAAUUUCUCCUAUUGAAAGCUGUGAAAUGUGCUCAAAGAUUUGGGGUUUGCUCUGUUUCCACGCAAAGACAUGCCGCAUGCCUUUAGAUCAACGUUGUACCGUUUCGCAGUGCGAUUAUUUACGCGACAAGAUUGCACGCAAGCGUGAGAAUGAUAGACGUGAAUUACAAGAGGCAAAAGUCAAGAUACAGAUCCAAUUAAAGGAAUGGCCUGUUGAACGGCGCGUUGCACAGGUCGAAGCCGAUCGACAGCAAGUUUUACAGCUUAUAGCUGAUAUUCGCGCUGGAAAGACGCGUCAGCCACAGGUCAUACAAGCUCAACAACAGCCCAUGAUGUCUACAAGCUGA